UGAAGCGUACGGCGGCUGAGCGGCCCCAUGGUUUUUUUCAAACACGGGAUCGAAUUUUUUCCCCGGUGGAUGCGUUUCCAUCUCGACGCCCGCCCCUCAAUCCGGGGUUUUCUUUGCGCUCGCCAGCGGCCAGGAGCGGGAUCUUUUGCACGGGACGCCAGGCCCAGGUUAAUGUUUCUUCACAGGAGGCCCCCGAUUUGCAUCCAAAAUAGACCAGUUAAAGAGCCAUGCUGCCAGCCUGCUGACCAUCCCAUCUGGCUUGGACAAGAGCAUUCACAAACACCAGUUUGGCCCCCAGAAAGCCAGAACAAAAUCCAUUAAUUGUUGGAAGUCGGCUUACCUGCCCAUUAGCAAGGAAUCUACAACGAUGGACACAGAAUCUACAUACUCUGGAUAUUCCUACUAUUCAGGCCGCUCCAAGAGUUCUCACAGACAUGGGGAAAGGAGUCGGGAUCGGCAAAAAUCUAGAAACAAAGAUGGCAGUCGUUCUGAGAAAUCUGUUACCAUCCAAACACCACCUGCAGAGCCACUGCUGGGCAAUGAGUCCAGUCGUGGAGACGAGACAGUGCAGGAUGAUAAUUGGGGCGAAACCACAACAGCCAUCACUGGGACUUCAGAACACAGUAUAUCACAGGAAGACAUUGCAAGGAUCACAAAGGAUGUGGAUGAUGGUGGGCUGGACUGUACUCGGCAUUUGGGGAUAGCCAUCGCUGCUGUGCUUGGAGUAUUGGUCUUUUUAUCUCCCGUUGCGUUUAUGGUGCUGCCUCAAGUACUGUGGCGGGAAAAACUCGACCCAUGUGGUACUGUAUGCGAAGGGCUGUUCAUCUCUGUCGCCUUCAAGCUACUCAUUCUUCUCAUCGGAACUUGGGCACUCUUUUUCCGCAAGCCCAAGGCGCAAAUGCCACGAGUCUUUGUGUUCCGGGCACUUCUGAUGGUGCUGAUCUUUGUGUUUGUGGUUUCUUAUUGGCUGUUCUAUGGUGUACGCAUUCUGGAUUCGAGAGAUCCCAAUUAUCAGGGAAUUGUUCAGUAUGCAGUUUCGCUGGUAGACGCCCUCUUGUUCAUCCACUACUUGGCCAUUGUGCUGCUGGAAUUGCGUCAACUGCAGCCCAUGUUCACUGUGAAGGUGACCCGGUCCACUGAUGGAGAAUCCCAUUUUUACAGUGUGGGUGUACUGAGUAUCCAGAGGACUGCACUUGUCAUCCUGGAGAACUACUACAAGGAUUUCACUGUCCACAACCCGGCACUAUUAACUGCUGCAAAAUCUCGUGCAGCCAAACACAUGGCUGGACUGAAAGUCUACAAUGUGGAUGGUCCUGGAAACAAUGCCGCUGGACAGUCCCGCGCAAUGAUUGCUGCAGCAGCGAGGAGGCGAGAUUCAAGUCACAAUGAGCUGUACUACGAGGAAGCAGAACACGAUCGGAGGGUGAGAAAGCGGCGAGCAAGGUUGGUGGUUGCAGUUGAAGAGGCGUUUACACACAUCAGGAGACUUCAGGAUGAUGAGCAGCAGAAAGCUCCUGGAGAAGUGAUGGAUCCUUUGAAUGCCGCACAGUCCAUCUUUCCUUCGAUGGCAAGGGCGUUGCAGAAAUAUCUCCGUACCACCAGACAGCAGCAUUACCACACCAUGGAGAGUAUCCUGCAGCACCUGGCAUUUUGUGUCACCAACAACAUGACUCCAAAGGCCUUUUUGGAGCGUUACCUAAACCCUGGACCCACCCUCCAGUACGAUAAGAACAGGUGGUUGGCCAGUCAGUGGACAUUGAGUAGUGAAGAGGCGGUGACCAAUGGGCUAAAAGAUGGCUUGGUUUUCACACUGAAAUGUCUUGACUUCAGUCUGAUCGUGGUAGUGAAAAAAAUCCCUUUCAUCAAACUUUCAGAGGAGUUCAUCGACCCCAAAUCGCAUAAGUUUGUGUUGCGUCUUCAGUCUGAGACAUCAGUGUAAGAUUACAAGGCCAAGGACACAUGGCAAAUCAGUCAGAUAAUCCAACUGCACUUUGGAUGGGGAAGGGUGUUUAUCUUUUGACCAUGUUUAGAUUCUUUUUCCUAAAUACUGGACACCUAAACUUUCUAGUAUAAAUCUUCAAGAAAAUGUGCACCACCUAUCACGGGGUUGUUUAUUUUGCCCCGAUUAAUGUCUCCGCCUGCUUCAAAACACCAGCAUUAUAGCAGUGAACCUCUAGAAACCUGAACAUUUUCCAUUUUGAGAGAAAUGCACUGUCUUUCUACUUGCUUCCAGAGAAACCUUUUUUUUCCAUUUCCAUAUAGACCAUUUCACCCUCUAGUGAAAGUACUUUGGAAAUCCUAAAUGUGUGUUUCUUGAGAUUUGGGCCAUUCUUUUGAGAAGACUGGGUUACACUAGCUGUAAAUGGCUCAAUGUUCUGCAAAUGAAGAUGUAGAUAUGUUCCAUCCAUCCACUCCUAGUGUUCUAGAGAGCCAUUUUUUCCCCCGAUAAAUAUGCUUGGAAAAUGUGGUUCAGGAAUGUAGACUUGCACAGUGUAAGCAUUGUUACAGAGUAGAUAGUGUUUUAUCCAAUACGUGGAGUUUAUUGUAGAUGUACUGCCUUAGGCAGGUAAUGUAAAGAUAGGGAAAAAAUCUUCCUAAAACCCACCUCUACUGACCUUCUCCCCCUCCCCACCCCAUCCCCACCCACCAAAAUAAAAUGGGAAAUUAUUUCAACUAAAUCAUGUUAAGAGGGCUUGGGAAGUGUUUGAGGAAAGAAACACUAAGGCACAUGUAUCUGGGACACUAGAGCACACUUGUACAGCAAGGAACAAACAUUAAUUUUGUCUUUUAUGUAUUAUUAAAUCAUGCUCACUAAAAUCAGUGUCACAUAUUUCCAAAAGUUUAAGGCAUGUAAAAUACUCAAUUUCAUUUUGUCUACAAUUUUGGGAUCUGCCCAGUAGGAGCUGUAAUUUUUUUACUGAGGACUCAUUCAUAUUCUUCACACUUUUACCUCGUGCAGUGCAAUGCAGAAUGUGCCCUUGUGGCUCACCUCAUGCCCACAUGCACUGCACUCCCACUUAUGGAAUUUUUAUACAAAAAUAAGUGCUGUCAGAAUUCUGUUUGAGAAAUGAUUUACUUUUUACUUUUUUUAACGGUUGUGGCCUUUGAAUUUUCUAUUUUAUUUUUUAACAGAACUUUGUUUUAAGCAAUUUUUAAAUUGACAUUUCUUGUGUAAAGAAUGUUUUAUCAGAUCGGGAGCAGAGUACAGUAUUUGUCCAUUGUGUACAUCAGACCAAGCCAAGCAACCAUCCAAACAUUUGUCAGCUUACUGUUUGCAAUUGGAAAUGAAUUUGGCUUGUUUUCCUCAAAGCCAAAAACCAUCAGACAAUGAAUUUACUAAUUGAUCUUACAGCAAGGUUUGAUUUUGUUCUUUCAAUUUCAAUAUCCUUCUCACUUUGCCCGAUGGUUCAUUUUACACGGGGUGAGAAUUUUGCAUAUUGAUUAAUGGGACGUGUCAGGCCAUCUGUCUCUUUGUUUGGGAAGGAACUGCAGAUGCUGGUUUAGAAGGGUCUCAACCCGAAACAUCACCUAUUCCUUUUUUCCAGAGAUGGUGCCUAACCCGCUGAGUUACUCCAGCAUUGUGUGUCUAUCUUUAAAUGUCCAACGAUGACUUUGCGCAUUACUCGUUUGUGAAAGAUUAUUGGAUUUAACGUGUGUUCACCAAAAAAUCACCAGGGACCCAGUCACAUGGACAGUGAAAUAGAAACUGACUAAACUCUGGCUGAACGGAGCAGUCAACUAGGUGCAGGCGCAAUAUGUAGCUAAAUAACCUUCAAUUCCCCUUUGAAGGACACAAUGACUGGAAGGACAUUUGAGCGCAUGGGUUCUUAACUUUCAAUACUGCAACCAUGUAAUUGCUAAGUCCUGAGUAGCUGCAGGGGAAUGCUUUUCUUUAUUCAUUAUCUCCACUGUCACUACCUCAAAUUUCAUGUACAUUCCUUCCAACAGAAACCUGAUCAGAGAUACCAAUGCUGGUUAAACAUUUCAUGAAAAAAUAUUGGGUCCAAUUGUUUGAAUUAAACUCUUUAAAUAUACAUUUGAAAAUGAUUAAGCUUCUGUUUAGUGUUUAAAUUGAUGUUGUUAAAAUGUCCCUUGGUUCUGCUGGAAACAUGGAGGCACGAAGGGCCCACUCUGAGCGUGGUGAGUCCACGUGCCACGUUUUUGCUUCCGUUUCUGUCCAUGAUGUUCACUUACAAUUGAUGGCUUCGCCUCCUGAGAAUUCUAGGGUGCCACUUACUCAGAAACCACUACAUCAUUGCCAAAGACAGUCCGAUCCCAUUCCACCCUUUGAAUCAAUGGGGAGGAGAGGCCAUGAUCUAAUGACUGUGUUUCACUUUAAGGGGAGUUUAUCAACAGAAUAUUUAAUGGAAGCAUCUACCAAGAGUCUAGAGGGAUAUGGGCCAAACAUGGGCAGGUGGGACUAGAGUGGACAGGACAUCUUGGUUGGCACAAAGUGCCAAGUUGGGGAGAAGGGCCUGUUUCGGUCCUGUGGGACUCAGCAUUAUUUGGGUGCUAAAGAGGAGGACCAUCUGUAGGAGUCUCCGUCCUAUUUGGUUCUUUCCCUUGAUGGUAAAUGCCAUUUUUCAGUAGGAAUUCAUUGAUGUUUCCAGAUUGAGUGAAAGCACUUGGGCAUUUUAUUCCUUGGCAUACAAAGUCGUUACAUUUAGACGGCAUUACAGUUAUCUAUUCUGUUUAUAAUCAGGGUCAGAAAGUUUCGACACUUUGAAGAGGGCCUCCUUGAUGAACAGAGAUUACGCCACGUAAUGUUCAUUUAGUUAUGCAACUUGAUUCCAUUGUGGUCUCUAUGAAUGUAAAAUGCAUUGAGUACUGUUGUCGCUGUAAAGCAAAAAAAGAAUUGUUGGUCACCGAAUUCAGACAACCAAGGUCAUUGCUGUAAGAUUGAUUGGUAACUCACUUGCGGUUUCUAGUCUUGUGAAAGUGUUAUUGAAUUGUCACUGUGUAACUACUGUUCACACCUAAUUUUGUACAAGAACUGAUUUUUAAACAAUUUCUAUUGUAUAACCUUGUAACAGAGUCUAUGACUGUAACCACCAGCUUCUGCACCUUGUAUCGAAACAGAAUUUGUGGAUUUUAGGGACAUUAUUUGGAAUUACUGAAUUUUUAAUCCAAUUGAGUAGGUGCAUGAUAGACACUAACAAUUGUGUGUGUAUGUAGCCUUAGUAAUUUAUUUCUUUUUGGAAUCAUUCUCUAAAUUUUACAUUUUUGUAACAAAUUGCAAAAUGUUUUUUCCACACCAGGUUUUGUACAUGGAGUCUCCUGAAAAUAAAAAGGAAAGCUAGAACUGUC